AUGUCUGGUUCUACCAAUGGCGUACAAGUAAAAAUUAGAGAAAUUUCUAAAAACAAAUGCCCUUAUAUACAUUGUUAUGCACAUCGGCUUAAUCUAGUUUUGGUCGAUGUUGCUAAAUCAGUUGAAAUUGUUGACAAUAAGAUUGGAUUGCUUGAAGCAAUUUAUGCAUUUCAAUCGAGUUCAACUUUACGUUAUAAAAUAUUUUCUGAUGUCCAAAAAGAUUGUGAAACAAUUUUAAAAGUCCCUCAACCCUCAUACUAG